AUGCACUCCAGGUACCUUGUCUCUGGUCUUCCCAGGGUUCUCCCUCCCCUCCCACCCUUGCCUGCUCCUCCCCUUCUUCCAUGUGUCGAGGGGUGGCAGCGCGCCGCUCCUCACUCUUCCUCGUUCCCUCCCACAGAGGCUCCCCUGCAGACUUUCCACUUGGACGUGUGGGGCCCCGCCCGCGUUUGGGGACAGGGCCACGAGCGGUACUUUCUGCUGGUCGUCGACGACUACAUGCGCUACACCACGGUCUUCCCCUUGCGUACCAAGGCCUACUGUGCGGAGCACGGCAUCCGCCAGACGUUCACUCUCCCGGCCUCUCCGCAGCAGAAUGGGGUUGCUGAGCGCCGCAUUGAUCUCGUCAUGGAGGUCGCUCGUACCUCCAUGAUCUUUGCGGCUGCCCCCCAUUUCCUGUGGCCGUUUGUAGUGCAGUACGCCGCGCAUCAGCUCAACCUCUGGCCCCGUGUCUCUGUUCCGGAGACCUCGCCUACCCUGCGUUGGACGGGGGAGGUUGGCCAUGCGUCGGUGUUCCGAGUCUGGGGAUGUCGAGCCUUUGUCCGCGAUACGUCCGCGGACAAGCUCUCCUCCCGUGCCGUUCCUUGUGUCUUCCUUGGCUUUGUCCCUGACGCGCCUGGCUGGCAGUUUUACCACCCCACCUCGCGUCGUGUCUUCGCCUCUCAGGACGUCACCUUUGACGAGCCGGUACCCUUUUACCGUGUCCCGUCGGUAGACCGCCUCCCUCCCCAGGGUGCUGCUCCCUCAUGUGUUUCCCAGGUAGACCCGGUCGAGCCUGUCGAGGUAGCUGUUGACUCUAGUCUUGCGCGAGGUAAUGCGCGUGCUGAGCCUGGUGGUGCGGAGACUGGGGGUGCUGAGUCUGGGGGUGCAGAGACUGCGGGUGCUGAGCUUGGGGGUGCUGCGACUGGGGGUGCUGAGCCUAGAGGAGCAAAGGGUGGGGGUUCUGAGACUGACCGUACUGUGCCUGUUGGCGCUCCCUCUUCACAGCAGCUGCAUGAGUGGUACUCCCAGCGGUACAGCCUCCGUCGUGGGGCUACUGGAGCUGGGGGGUCUACUGGAGUCGGGGCUGGUGGCCCUGCGGGUGCAGUGUCGCAGCCGGAGCCUCCCUCCCCUCAGCGACUACGUGAGUGGUACGCUCGGCGCUGCACCCUCCGGAGUGGAGCUCCUAGUGUUGAGGUACCGCCAGCUGGAGGUUCUGGUGCUACUAGAGGUCCUGGAGCUGCUGUAGGUGCUGCUGGUGCUGGUGCUGCUGGAGGUCCUGCUGGUGCUGCUGGAGGUACUGGAGCUGCUGGAGGUGCUACUGGUGCUACUAGAGGUUCUGGAGCUGCUAGAGGUGCUGCUGGUGCUGGUUCAGCUGGAGGUUCUCGUGCUGUCUUUACUGCUUCUAGGGGCACUUCAUGGCCCCGGCCGUACUUCGUUCCGCUCCUUCAGCAGGUUCUUGGUCAGCCGCCUCCUCCCAGUCCUCCUCCCUCCUUAGAGUGUCCUCUGCCUGUCCAGUCGCAGACACAGCUACCGUCUGCCUCGCCACUUCCUGGUCCUUCUCCCUACAGCGGUCUGACAGGGGGUCUUACAGAGCGCCGUGAGCCUGAGUCUCGUCCUGUGUUGCCUGUGUCUCGUCAUGUGUCGCCUGUGUCUUGUCCUGUGUCAACUGUUCGUGCUGCUCGCACUGGUCGUCGUGUUCCGCGUGAGCGUCCUCCGCCUGUCCCUGGCACACACUAUAUGACUCUGCGUCCUUCCACUGCUCCACAGCGUGUCCCUCUGCCGUCUUCUCCUGCGUCCUCUCUUCCUGUUCUUACUGACCCGGAGUCUGACUCUCUUCGUGCUGCCAGUCCUACUGUCACGCGUCGACUGGCCACUGCUGUCAGUGACCUUUCCUUUGAGUCUGCUGCUACGUCUGCCCUAGUUGUUGAGCUUGUCGACUUUGCUGCUCGCUGUCGUCCAGACUACGCCGCGAGUCUUGUUGCUGAGUCUGAGUCUGUCUGUCCUCCGUCCGUCGGGGACAUCCCGACCCCGCGCUCUUACGCUGAGGCGAUCGCGGGUGAGUACUCCUCUCAGUGGCAGCCAGCCAUGGACGUAGAGAUGGCAUCCUGGAAGUCCACAGGCACUUUCGUCGACGAGGUUCCCCCUCCUGGGGCGAACAUCGUUAGUGGCAUGUGGAUUUUCAGGGUGAAGCGGCCGCCGGGUUCUCCACCUGUCUUCAAAGCUCGUUACGUUGCUCGAGGAUUUAGUCACCGAGAGGGAGUAGACUUCUUUCAGACCUUCUCCCCCACCCGGAAGAUGACCACUCUUCGGGUGCUACUAUAG